GUUUCUCACCACUCACUAGUCACACUAAUGCUACACACUCUCUCUCUCUCUGGUGCAGUUCAGAUUUUCUGAGUCCUUCCUUUUUCCCUCCAAUCCAACCCAGCCCUCUCUCUACCUUGUAAUCCUACCGAGAAGGCAUUUUUUCACAGAGUCACACAGUGAGAAAAGGGUAUUCCCCUACCUGAAAGAAUCAAGAAAAGGGUCAAAAAAAGCUGUGUCUCAAUGGAUUCUGUGACUUCACAUCCACAACGCCGACCAUUUUCAAUCAAACUCUGGCCCCCUAGUCAGAACACACGACAAAUGCUUGUGGAGAGGAUGACAAAUAAUCUUUCCGAUCCAACCAUUUUCACCCGCAAGUAUGGCAGUCUAAGCAGGGAGGAGGCUACCAAAAAUGCCCAACAAAUUGAAGAGACAGCUUUUGCUUUGGCCAAUCAACAUUACGAAAAGGAGCCCGAUGGUGAUGGAAGUUCUGCAGUGCAGCUUUAUGCUAAGGAAUGUAGCCAGCUCAUUCUGGACAUUCUUAAAAAGGGACCCAGUACAGAGGACAAAGAGGUUCUGAAACCUAAAGAUGUCUUUUCUCCAGAUGAAACUUUUUUCGAUAUUUCUAAAGGACAGAGGGCAUUUAUAAAAGCAGAAGAAGCUGAGGAACUUCUGAGGCCGCUCAAAGAACCAGGGAACUGUUACAAUAAAAUAUGUUUUAGUAACAGAAGUUUUGGCACUGACGCAGCCCUUGUUGCAGCUCCUAUAUUGUCAUCACUCAAGGGACAAUUGAAGGAAGUUGACUUGUCCGAUUUUGUUGCAGGAAGACCUGAGGAAGAGGCUCUUGAAGUCAUGAAAAUAUUUUCGGCUGCACUGGAAGGUUCUGUUUUGAAGUCUUUGAAUCUUUCACACAAUGCCUUGGGUGAAAAGGGAGUUAGGGCAUUUGGGGAGCUCCUGAAGUCACAGACUAGUUUGGAGGCAUUGUAUCUGAUGAAUGAUGGUAUCUCUGAGGAAGCUGCACGAGCUGUUUGUGAGUUAGUUCCAUCAACUGAUCUACUUACAGUUCUCCAUUUCCACAAUAAUAUGACUGGAGAUGAAGGGGCUAUAGCUAUCUCUGAAGUUGUAAAGCGUUCUCCAUUACUUGAGGAUUUCCGAUGCUCUUCUACCAGGGUAGGCUCUGAUGGAGGAAUUGCCUUGUCUGAAGCACUUGGCACAUGUACCUAUCUCAGGAAACUUGAUUUGCGGGAUAACAUGUUUGGUCUGGAAGCUGGCAUUGCACUUAGUAAGGCACUUUCUUUCCAUGCAAAUCUCACUGAGGUUUAUCUGAGCUACCUGAAUUUGGAAGAUAAGGGGGCAAUUGCAAUAGCUGAUGCACUUAAGAGCACAGCCCCUCUACUUGAAGUGUUGGACAUAGCUGGAAAUGAUAUAACAGCUGAAGCUGCUCCUGCUUUAGCUGCCUGUGUAGCUGCAAAGCAGCACCUCACCAAGCUGAACUUGGCAGAGAAUGAACUGAAAGAUGAUGGUGCCAUUCAGAUAAGCAAGGCUCUGGAGGAAAGUCAUGACAAAUUGAAGGAAGUUGAUGUUAGCUCCAAUUCAUUGAGAAGGGUUGGAGCAAGGACGUUAGCUCAGUCCGUUGUGCACAAGCCUGACUUGAAGUUGCUGAAUGUUGAUGGGAACUUCAUCUCUGAUGAAGGCAUUGAUGAGUUAAAAGAUAUCUUCAAAAAAUUCUCUGACAAGCUGGCACCUCUUGAUGAGAAUGACCCUGAUGGAGGGGAUGAUGAUGACCAGGAAUCUGGGGAUGGAAGUGAAGGGAGUGAAGAGGAAUUAGAAUCAAAACUUGAGAAGCUUGAUGUCAAGGAAGAGAAAUAGAUGUUCUAUCAUUACAGAGAAUUUAUUGGGUCAUUUUGGCGAACUUGCUCCUGAAUGUUAAACUAGUCAAAACUUUUUCUGGAUUUCUUGGUAAUUGCUAGUUUGUAUGUUGUUAUGCGUCAGAGGUAACUGUUGCUUUGACUCCGGCUAUGCUAGCAAAUUCUUCCAUCAAGAUUUUAUGUUUGAUGGAAGUUUGAUAGUCAGUUUUUGCCUCUCCUUGUUUGUUUUUCCAAAAUUUGUAAGCUAAUGUUGGGGGCCUUGGGGCACUAUUGCAAACCUUUUACUAUUUCGAUUCUACUUUAGAUCUUCUGCAUUC